AUGGAUUUCCCCAAUGCAGAGAACCACGAGCGAAAGCCGAAUCCCAGAGAUGAUGGAGGACACGAGACCGCGCCAACCUCGAAUACUCAGAUGAUCAUGGACGAAGACAAGAAAGAGAAUGUCGAUACACCUGUUUCAAGAGAGGCAGAAACCUCAAAGGAAUCCACCACGACCAACUCCAAGAAAGGCUUGCAAUUUUGGCUGAUCCUGGUCGCACUCAGCUUCACAAGUCUGCUCACAUCGUUGGAAGCCACAAUCACAUCCACCGCCUUGCCAUCCAUCAUUGCUGAUCUCGGCGGUGGUGAUCUUUUCAUCUGGACGGCAAAUGGGUAUUUCCUAGCCAUGACUGCAUUGCUGCCACUGUAUGGACAGCUUGCGAAUCUAUUUGGGAGGCGGUGGCCAACUAUCAGUGCUGCGGCAAUUUUCAUCCUCGGCAGCGGGAUUUGUGGCGGGACCACCAGCAUAGAAAUGCUAAUCACUGGUCGUGUGGUGCAAGGAGUCGGUGCAAGCGGUAUUGGUGUCCUCGUCGAAAUGAUCGUUUGCGAUUUGGUACCACUAAGACAACGAGGCAACUACAUGGCAGUCGUCAUGGGCUUGAUCGCCAUCGGUACAGCCGUGGGACCGUUCAUCGGCGGGCUCAUUGUUGAUUCUCCUGCGGGCUGGCGAUGGGUAUUUUGGCUGAAUCUUCCCAUUGGAGGUGUCGCUCUGGUAUUGCUAUUUGUCUUCUUGAGGGUGACAUGGAACAGGAAUACCAGCUAUGUCACCAGACUGACAUCGAUAGACUGGGUUGGGAAUUUCAUCUUGGUUGGUUCAACCUCUAGCGUUCUCAUUGCACUGUCCUGGGCAGGCGCCGUGUAUACAUGGUCAUCUUACCAUGUUCUUGUUCCCCUGGCUAUCGGUUUGGCAGGCCUAGCAUUAUUCGUCAUGUUUGAAGGUUCUCGGUUUCCCAGUCAACCAACCAUGCCACUUCAUUUGAUGGCAAAUCGUACGUCAGCCACGGCAUAUAUAUUGACUUUGUUACAUGGCAUCGUCACCAUGUGGACCAUCUAUUUUCUGCCUGUCUACUUUCAAGGUGUUCUCGGCUCCUCACCUUCAUAUUCAGGAGUUCAACUACUGCCGAGUAUCCUGGUGCUGAUGCCAUUUGCUGCAUUGGGAGGGGUAGCUUUGUCGAAGUUCGGCGUUUACCGACCUUUCCAUGUCGCAGGCUUCGCACUGAUAGCAUUAAGCUUUGGGCUUUUCAAUCUCUUGGAUUCGAACUCUUCCACCGGUGCGUGGGUGGGAUACCAAGCGAUAGGAGCGGCUGGAGUCGGCCUCGUUGUUCCAACAUUGCUUCCUGCGGUUAUGGCACCGCUGACAGAACGCGACACGGCGCUUGCAACGUCAACUUGGGCAUUUUUACGCUCUUUUGGCGUCAUCUGGGGUACCGCUAUUCCUGCCGCGAUAUUCAACAAUCGCUUCGAUGAGCUUGCGACGACUACCAUCACAGACACUUUCAUUCGAAGCCAGGUAGUUAAUGGCAAAGCAUAUAGCCAUGCCACAGCCGCUUUUCUUCACACCUUGUCCGAGACGACUCGUGAAGAAUUCAUCGCGGUUUUAAAUCAGAGUCUUCGUCGAACAUGGCAAGUUGGGAUAGGUUUUGCUGCGCUUGGCCUUGCUCUCGUAUUUCUGGAGAAAGAUGUACCCCUCCGUCAGGAACUUGAGACCGAGUUCGGCAUGGAGAAGAAGCCGACAAUAAGGACAGCUUAUGAGGAGGAUGGAAAUGUCAAGUAA